AUGUCCUUCCUGUUGCUUUGCAUUCUGGGUAUGACCUUGGUGACAUCCGGCUUCCCUCAGCCUCGUCUACCUCUCAGAAGUGCUGAGGACUCAGAGGAAACUGAACGACAUGACCGGGACAUCCUUUACCCUUCCAUCUCUCUCCGUGAUUGGAGCAUUCAGAUGUUGUCAGCGCCCAGCCUCAGAGCAGCAGCUGACAGCAAGGCAGGACUGGUGAAGGAGGCGUGGCUCUUUGACCCAGAGAGGACGGAGUCAGGAAUGGAGAAGGUGUGGCCGGCUGAAUGGUCAUCUCAGGGAGCCAGGAUGGUGAAGAGGAACAUGGUGGUUGCUGAUGAUGCUGCCUUCAGGGAGAAGAGCAAACUCCUCACCUCCAUGGAGAGACAGAAGUGGCUCAACUCCUACAUGCAGAAACUACUGGUGGUUAAUUCCUCAUGA